AGUGCUAAACAAAGUCAAUACAAUCAUUAUCUUCGAAAACUCCAUCAGGAUUUUGUAGAUACUUGGAACACGAAGUCUCCAGAAGGCGAUUGUAAAGUAGGUGACUUUUUGAAGAUGAACGUUUUAGGCACAGGCGCCUUUGGUGUGGUGUAUCUAGCGAAGCACAUGGAAACAAGCAAAUAUUACGCUAUGAAGAUGUUGGAGAAAGAAAAGAUAGUGAAAUUUAAGCAAAUCGAACAUAGUUACUACGAGAAGAAAAUCCUUUGCGGCCUUAAUUUUCCAUUUUGCGUUUACAUGAAAUACUUUUUCAAGGACAACGUUUACCUUUACUAUAUUUUACCAUUUAUACCCGGCGGUGAGAUGUUUUCACAGUUGCGUAAAAUGGGUAAAUUCGAAGAAAUGUCUUCAAAGUUUUACGCAGCCCAAGUAAUUCUAGCGCUUGAGUAUUUGCACGCUUGCGAACUAGUAUAUCGAGACUUGAAACCGGAGAAUAUACUUAUAGAUAGGAAUGGUUACAUCAAAUUAACUGAUUUUGGCUUUUGUAAGCUAAUUCGUGGCAGGACAUGGACCCUCUGCGGUACCCCUGAGUACUUGGCACCGGAGAUCAUUCUGAGCAAGGGUUAUGGUUUAACCGUUGAUUGGUGGUCACUCGGUAUACUAUUGUUUGAAAUGAGCGCUGGAUAUCCACCUUUUUACGCAUCUGAUCCUAUGAGAAUCUAUGAGAAAAUCGUCUCUGGAAAAUACCGCACUCCCACCCAUUUUUCAACCGAAUUAAAGGAUUUAAUAACGCGUAUACUUCAAAUAGACACGACAAGACGAUUUGGUAAUCUGAAAAAUGGCGUUUUAGAUUUUAAGAUGCACAAAUUUUUCAAAGAUAUCGACUGGGAUGGUUUGUUAAGUAAUCGUAUGACUGCUCCUUUUCUACCGAAGAUUCGUACGGCUGGAGAUACCUCGUAUUUUGAAAACUACGACGAAGAAAAAAUUAAAGAAAGUCCAAUAUGCUUAUACGAAGAAGAGUUUGCCGAUUUUUAA